CUCUCACAUCAACCAUCUCUCCGUUUUUUUACGCUUGUGCGUGUCGGAAAAAGUAUAGUCUGACUCAAGAAUCACUAGUGUAUAUAUUAUUCAAGAAAUUUGACAUUUGGUGAUGCAUGGAAUAGUAACAGUGCGAAUUGGUUGCACUUUCUUGCAAAGCACAAUUGAGUCUUGACUCCGACGGAAUUAAAGAACUGAGGUUCAACUCGAGGAGCAGGAUGCUUCCUCAACGAGCAGCAGUGAGCACGCUGGGUUACGGCUCAGACUGUGUGAAGAUGCAGCCCAGCUGCAGUGGCCCAGUAGGUGGGACCUUGCUCAGGGGUUCACGCUCCAAGGCGGAGCUUCAGGAGCUGAUGGAGACGCUUCAGCGUAGGAAGAGCGCUCUAGAAGCCAGUCUCAGGGCGGCGGAGUGCAGCCGCAAGUAUUUCAACAUGCCUUCCCCCAGUGGACCCCAGUCCAAACGGCCACUAUCCUUCCUCAGCAACACAGAGCACCAGCCAUCUUCUUCAAAAACCUUCUCCUACAUGACCAGCAGCAGCAUGCCCCCAUCCCCUCGCCAGGGUGAGCGUCAGAUAAACUCUAAUGGUUUUCUACGUCACUCCCAUUCUCGCCACCAGUCACAGGACAGCCUGCUCCUCCCCACAGACGGAAGUUCUCACCUUUCCUCUUAUGGAGAACCGCUACCUCGAUCUCCAAGGGUCAAGAGUGGCACAGCUAGUGUGCCCUCAAGCCCUCGAAUGGGCCGCAGACUGUACUCGCAAAGUAAAGCCAUGAGUGAAUCCAGGCAGAGGAAAUACUCAACAGGUUCCCUUAACAAUCUCGGCAUGCACAGUCGUUCCCUCCCACGCCUCCACAAUCCUGUUGAUCCUCCUAUUUUAUCUCUGCCGCCUCAUCUACACAGAGGAGGGCGCUCAACAAUGACCCGACACAGUCUCUCCUCCCUUGAGCAACCUCCAGAUGUGACUGUACCAGCCAGUAUGCCUCAUACUCCCAGGAGAGCCAGCAUGGCCUCACUGAGUUCUUUAGGUGUUGAGAUAGAUGGUCCAAACUUAGAUGUGAGCUUUGGAGAGCGGAUAUUAUCAUUUGGAAAGGGGGGGCUGAGUCCAGGACAAAGGGUGGGCAGCAUCAGCUCACUGAAUGGCAAAGAGGAGUUGAGAGACUAUCACCAACACCAGAGGGAUGAGAGACUCAGGGAACAAAAAGUGCAGAAAUUGGAGAGCCAGCGUCUGGAGACCAUCAUGAACCUGUGCACUGAGUUUACAAAGGUGGAGCCUGCAGGUUCAGCAGUUUCGGACCUGCAAAAGAUCAAUAAGGAGUUGGAGAAGCUGCAGGUGUCAGACGACGAGUCUGUAUUCUCAGACUCCCCUAGCAGCGCGGUUCCAGACAACUGCUUUGGCACCAAGGCCCGAGACUUGCUUCUCAGUGAUGAGCAGGAAGUCACCAUUCGUCAGCAGAACAGCUACAGAGAGUUUCACUCACCAUCUCGAAGUAUGAACAGCAGCGCACCAUCACCCUCCAGCCACCAGAAAUCUAAGGUGUUGGAGAGCGCGCAGCUGAAGCAGGAAGUAACGCAUAUUGAGGAGGAGAGAAUCCAGGCUGUGAACAACAUUGAAGAGCUGGAGCAGAAGAUUAAAGACCUGGAUAACCAGAUGGAGGAGUCAGUGAGAGAGAUUGAGGUGGAGUGUGCAUUGCUGGAAGGAGAGCAGGAGUCAGAGAUGACGCAGCUGCAAAGAGAAAAGGAACUUCUGGACCAACUCAGGGAAAAUUUGCAUAGUUCUGAAAAAGUUAGCCACACUGAGAAGGCACAGGUGGCAGAAGAGCAAACAAAAACCUUGGAGGAUUUGGAGUUCCAGGAGUUAGAGAAAGUAAUUGACCAAGAUGAAGAAAAGGAAAAUCAGAGUCAGUUACUCAGAGAGAUUGCUGACUGUCAACGUCUCGCUAUCACACGCAAGGAGAGACUUGCCACGCUGAAGAAACAGUCUUCGCAGAUUGCACUGCAGUCCCAGCAGGAGAGAGAGAAUUUCCAGAGGGAAAAAAACAAUCUGCUCAUCAUGCUGCAGAAGGAAAGAGACAAGCUGGCGUCUUUGGAAGGAAAAUAUGCAGAAUUGUCUGAGAAGCAGAAAACCAAUAACACGGCCAUCAAAGAGCAAAUACACGCCAUCAGGGAAAGGAGGAGGAGCGGCAAGGAAAACUCUGCACACCUGAGUGACAACGGAACUCAUAAGAGGAGAGAGCAGAGCGUCGCUCUGCAUGGAAGGUCUUUGGGACGCACCCUUACGCCAAAGGCCCAUCUGCCUCUGUCUCAAAGCUCCAGCUGUGGCAGCGUCAUCCCGCAAAGUCUCAGCUUCGCCCCUCGAGACCUGAACACUCGCUGCCUGCCAAAAACAGGCAACAGCCACACGCACAUGAAUGACGGCGCGCACGACAGACAGAGAAACAGUGAGUUCUGCAACCGAUUGCUGUCAGAGCCCAACGUUUUCCUCGACUCCUUGUCCUACCCGGAUAACAGCCAGGCCUCCGACACGGUCAGCGUGGACAGCUCCGACAGCCUGGAGACCAGCUUCUCUGCAUGCUCACCUGAUAACAUCUCCAGUGCCAGUAUGUCCAACAUGGUCAAACUUGAGGAGAUGGAGCGUUUACUCCGAGAGGCUCAGGUGGAAAAGCUACGACUGCUUGAGCACAGGGAGCGUGAGAUAGAGAUACGCAGGCACGCCCUGGAGGAGGAGCGACGAAGGAGGGAGGAACUGGAGAAACGUCUGCAGGAGGAGACCGCCAGGAGACAGAAACUUGUGGAGAGGGAAGUGAAGCUCAGGGAGAAACAAAGAUCUCAGAUUGUCACUGAAGGCAUCAAAUCCAUGACAUUUCAGUCCCGACUCCUGACACGCUACCUGCCUGUGAGGAAAGACGACUUCGACCUUCACGACCAUAUCGAGAUGGCAGGACACAAUCCGGAUGCUUGCUUCCAUUUGGCCGUCACGGACAAAACGUGUCGAGGCUUCCUUGUCAAGAUGGGGGGGAAAAUCAAGACCUGGAAGAAACGCUGGUUCGUGUUUGACCACAAUCGCAGGACUCUCACUUACUAUGCAGAUAAACAUGAAACCAAGAUGAAAGGAGUCAUUUACUUCCAGGCCAUAGAGGAGGUUUACUAUGACCAUUUAAAGAAUGCACACAAAAGUCCCAACCCUUCGCUGACCUUCAGUGUGAAGACUCACGAUCGCGUGUACUACAUGGUAGCCCCGUCCCCUGAAGCCAUGCGUAUCUGGAUGGAUGUCAUUGUGACGGGCGCAGAGGGACACAUGCACUUCAUGCUGUAACGCAGCCAAAGAGGUGUUUUGUGUGUGUAAGCUUUGCACGACUCCACAACAUUUGUUGGAACGAGUAUGUGAACAUUCGGACGCUCAACCACUCUAUUAUGUAAUCAAGUAUAAAGAUCAUAAUGUACCAGUCUUAUCAUUAAGCUAUAAUUGUUGACAUACUACAUCUACAUCCAUUUAUAAUGUCAAACAAGCACAAAAAUAAUAAUCUACCGGACAGUCAUGGUUCAGGUCUAAUACAAAAUAGUACAGCUGAAAACGGCAAAAAACAAACAAAAAUCCAAACAGCUAUGAAGACAAAUAAGUGUUGCCUAUGAUUAUUUCUCAGUAAGGAGUCAGAGAGCAGCGAGAAAACAGGGCACUGCAGCAAAGUGGAGACUCCGGAGAAUACCGCAGCAUCCAGUUAGCAUGUUUAUUUAGUCAUACGAAUUCAAAUAAAAACUGCUUGACCAAUGAGCAUCCAGAAGUGUAGGCAUAUGCUAGUAGUGCCAACCACCAAUGUCACAGGCUACUAGGGCCAUGCAGAGGUGAUUCUGUGCAGUGCAAAGGGGGCAUUAUAAUGUGCAAAAACACACACUUUCAUUCCAUAAUUGACAGUGGUGUAAAUCACUCCUUGUUCUCCAUAUCUUUACGUUUAAUCACUAUAAUCAUUAGUCAUGUUUCCUAAGCACCUAAGUGUUUUAUUUAAUCAGAGUAUCCUGGUGAUCUCUAAUCAACAGCAUCGUUUUACUUUGUGUUUACAUGAAUGCACAUAUUGCCAUAUGUUUUACAUUGACUUUUUUACACGUGACUGUGUGUCAUUUUUACCUCUUGUAAACGCCAGCAUUUUAGGGAGGGAUUUUUUUUUGUGUGCCAAAAUUAAAUGAUUACAUAGACAAUUAAAUGUGAAAUGAUUUAAUAAAAUUGGAAGUUAAACAGUUUCACUCUCAAUUUGUAAAAUAUGAUAAAUACAGGUAUUCAUAAUGAAACUAUUAUACAACUCUAUUAUAUGAUAUAUUAUCUCUUAACUGUUUAUUAAUUUCAUGACCAAUACAUCAUUUAGGCUUACCAUGCUUUUCAACUGAUCAGAUUACUGACAGUUUCAUAAAAAUGCCAAGUCAUUGAAUAAUUAAAAAAGGCCAUGAAAAAUACUUAUUAUGAAUUAAAUAACCUGGUCAUUAUAUUAAUAAUCAGUAGUUUCACUAUAAUUAUUUAAUGCUAUAUUUCACAAUUCAAUGGAUACUAUAUUAUACUAAAAGUUAAUUCCAAUAAAAAAUAAAUUACCUAAAAUUAAAUGUACUUAAUUUUGGUUGUUUCCAUAGUGUUUAUGAUUGCUGCUGCCAGUCUUAUCAAUAUAACAAAUUGCAUCCUCUAGCUAUAAUAGAGGCUGCUAACACAACGUGAUAAGGUCACGUCAACAUUGCAGUAUUAUUUUUUCACCAGCAGAGGGCCUCAGUGCGAAAAUUAUUGCACCAAAAUGACGUAAUGCUCUCAGUCCUCUCUCGCAAAGCAGUAUUGAAAUGUUUGUCAGUUUAAAUUUGAACAUCAAUAUGCUCCUGUAUAUGCGUUGUAUAUCACAAUUAUAUAUUUUUGUAUUGCACAAUACAUGGUUGACACGUUUUUUUAAAAAUAUAUAUAUAUUUUGUGUCUUAAAAAAAUGAAAAUAAAUACUUUUUAAUACAAA